CACCAGGAAUUAUCUAGGCUGCUUUGCAGUAGUUGGGUUGCGCCCCUCAUGGCAAUGGAUAUUCUGACUUCCCCCACCUUCAUCGCGUCUGCUUCGUUAGGAGCGCUCGCUGUGUAUUAUCUUGCUGGAUCACAAAAGCGGGACUCGCGACAUCCUCCAGGCCCGCGGCGUCUCCCAGUGAUAGGCAAUGCACACCAAAUGCCAGACAAAGAUCCUUGGCUCGUAUUUGGAGAAUGGGGGAAGCGAUACGGUACGUGGUUGAGCAUUGAAGCGUAA